UAUGAAUAAGAGGAAUCUAUCCGUUUCCUGCGAGUAAUGGCGCUUUGGAGCUGCAGCCAAAGAGUGAUUGCGUAGUGAGCGGAGAUGGGUUGGGCUAUAGCUAUACACGGCGGCGCCGGCGACAUCCCACUUUCGCUACCGCCGGAGCAGCGCCAACCUCGAGAAGAGGCCCUCCAGCACUGCCUGCAGAUCGGGGUUGAGGCUCUUCAAGCCAAGAAGCAUCCAUUGGAUGUAGUAGAGCUUGUGGUUCGUGAAUUAGAAAAUAUUCCACACUUUAAUGCGGGUAAGGGAUCUGUGCUGACGAACAAAGGUACAAUUGAAAUGGAAGCUUCUAUUAUGGAUGGUAGGACCAAAAAAUGUGGUGCUGUUUCUGGGCUCAAAACAGUUGUCAAUGCCAUUUCUUUAGCAAGAUUGGUUAUGGAAAAGACUCCUCACAUAUAUCUGGGUUUUGAUGGAGCAGAGGAAUUUGCAAAAGAACAAGGUGUUGAGACUGUAGAUUCAAGCCAUUUUGUUACUGCAGAAAAUGUUGAGAGACUACAGCAUGCACAAAAAGCCAACAUAGUCCAGAUUGAUUACAGUACACAACCCCUCCAAAAAGGAACCAAAAAAGAAGAACCAAGUGUGGCUAACGGGGACAGUCAACUAGGAACAGUGGGGUGUGUAGCUGUUGAUAGUAAUGGGAACCUAGCCUCUGCUACAUCCACUGGUGGACUAGUGAACAAAAUGGUUGGUCGAAUUGGUGACUCACCCAUCAUAGGUGGUGGCACAUAUGCUAACGAGCUCUGUGCAGUCUCUGCAACAGGCAAAGGUGAAGCAAUACUACGUGCCACUGUUGCAAGAGAUGUUGCUGCAUUAAUGGAAUUCAAGGGGGUUUCUCUCAAGGAAGCUGCUAACUGUGUUGUGCAUGAACGCACACCAAAAGGUACUGUGGGCUUGGUUGCUGUGUCUGCUGGAGGAGAAGUUGCCAUGCCUUACAACACCACGGGCAUGUUCCGAGCAUGUGCCACACAAGAUGGAUAUUCAGAGGUUGCAAUUUGGUCUGCUUCCUAGAUUUUCUCUUAAGUCACCUAUCUGUUUUCUAUGCUUCAUUUGUUCCAUAUUUCAAUCUUUUUGUUUAAUUGCAAACAGACAACAUUUUCUGUCUACAUUUUGAAUGCUAAUAAUCAUCAUUCUCUCGUUCAUUGUA